AUGCAUGCGAUCUGUUCCAGGGAAUUCCCCGAAUUCGGCCCCUGGGCCUUUGCCUCCUCUCCCGAUGACACAAAGCAGCAACAAGCCGACUUGCGCCUCUUUAUCAACAUGUGUCUUUACUUGCUGAAGUUGCUGGGCUGUCCCAUACCUCCACUAGACCCAGAAGACCUUCAAGCUGCAUGCAAAGCAAUAGCUGUGCCUGUAAGGGGUGGCAGGGACCUGCUGGAGGCCCCCAAGGAGUUUCCAAGCAGCACAAAGGCAGUGGGAAAUCGGAGAAUGUUCAUAAGGUCUAAAUAUUCCAGCAAAGAGUAUAGAGAGGGCCAGUUGGACCCUUGGGGGCCCCUAGAGUGUUCCUGGGGCCCCCGUACGCGCUAUGCUAUAGCCACUAGCAGCAAAGGAACUCCUCCUUCUUCGUCUUCACAACAUUCUGUGAAGCAAAAGAUUUGCAGUUUGUGA